CUGGUAUUCACUUUGCUUUCAGAAAAGUAUUUUAUUUACAUUUUUUUUAUUUAUUUAUAAAUUUAAACGUUCUUUAUAACAACAUUUUUUUAUUAAUUAGAAAUUGAUUUUUUUAAUUAUAAAACUAAUACUAUAAUUAAUUUAGUUUGAAAACUUUCUGACAUUUAAAUUCAUAUACUAGAUUGAAUGUUAUUAAAAUAAUAUUAACUCUUUAUUAAAUUAGAAAUAUUUAAAUAAAUUUUAGGUAUUUUAAAUAUGCAUUAAAAAUUAAAUAUGUAUUGAAAAUUAAACCGCGCGGGUCUUCUAUUAAACCAUGGAGUGAAAAUAAGGUGUUUCCAAAAUAUCCAAAGCUUUUAAAAGUGGUCGAUCAAGCCAUAGUGGAUGUAUAGAGUGGCCCCACGAGUGUGGAGUAGUAGGGGUAAGCUGUGGUGGGGAGGCUGCCGGUUACGAGCUGCCGCUGGAGAGCCGGUUGAAUCAUUCUUUUCAGGUCUUUCAAUCUUACAGGUCUUACAGGUAGAUGCUAAGUUUACAGUAUAUAUGUGGCUUCUAAACUUUCUUUGUAAAUAGAAUUUUUUUUAACAUUCUUUUAUUGUAUAAGUAUUUUUGGAUACCCGUUUUUUAGAGUUCUUAUAGAAAAUUAGAAUAUUUUACAAUAAAAUUCCAGCUUAAUUUCUAGUAAAUUUUAUAUCCAAUUUCUACGUCGUAUUUAUAUAAGGCUGUUUAAAAAUUUUUUUGAAUUCAGAAAUUUUGUAAUAAGUAAACAUAUUUUUUUCUCAGAUUUGGUCAAAAACUGCUUUAUUUACAUACAUUAAAAAAAAUUUGCAAUCUUAUUUAUAAUAAAAAAUUAAUUUUGAUUUUAAGAUAUAAAAAAAAUGGAUAAGUCCACAGUCCCACCAAACUCACCAUCUACAAAUAUAUAUAGCGAUGAUGACGAGUCCAUGAUCCUUAAUGAAGAGAGUAAUGACUAUUUCGUCGUCCUCAACGAUGAUUAUAAUUCACAAGGGGACACCGUCAUUAUCAGUGACUCUAAUUCAAAUGAUGAUGAUGAUGAUAAUACUGUUGAUGAUGAUAUCGAGGAUUCUAAUAAUGAAGAUGAUGAUGAUCAUGACGAUGAUUUCAAUAAUGAAGAGGAUAAUUUCGAAUAUGAAAAUGAUAUUUUAGUGAUUGAUAUAGAAAUUGAUGAGAUGUGUGAAGAACUGUGGGGAAGACCAACGUAACGUUUAGUAUAUUUAUUAAUGAGAAAAAAAAGGUUUAUAUAUAAUGUGAAAUAAAAAUUUCUAAAAAAUAAAUUUUCUUCUAAUUUUUCAAAGUUUAAUCAACUCUCGCGCAUUUUAAAGAGGGUACACACCUGA